UAAGUAUGGGAACUGUCAGACAGUAUCAUUCAACUCUGAACACUAAAUCCAGGAUAAGACAGAGCUCAGAGACGGAAUUAACUGCACGUUAUGGGACAAGUGAGGACUUCAGAUAUCUAUCCUGUGUGAUCAGUGGAUAACCUCCUGGACCCUGGGGAGAAUGCUGGCACUGUAAACAGAUGUUUCUAUAAUGAUGGCGCUCUCAGAUCUUCCCAGCACCCCACUGGCUCUUGAAUACCUCAAUGACUUUGACCUGAUGAAGUUUGAGGUUAAGAGAGAGCCUCCUGAACCAAGAGCUACCCGUCUAGCUCCUCCUCCAUCUCUGGGCUCUACGCCAUGCAGCAGUGUACCACCAUCACCAACAUUCAGUGACACACCUGAACCAGCAGGACCACCUCGUCCCAGUCUAGAAGAGCUCUACUGGAUGGCAGCACUACAGCAGCAGAUGGGUGGGGAAGGACUACCACUAACCCCAGAAGAUGCUGUGGAAGUGUUGAUGGGUGGUGGAGCACCUUCUCUGCAAGGGAUGGAUGGGGGUUACAGGACUGGGGUGCAGCACCCCCACAACACUCACGCUGCUGGUUACUUGCUGAGUCCUGAAGAUAUAAAUGCACAGCAGCACCAGCUCUCCCCCUUGUCUGAACGAUUCUCUGAUGAACAAUUGGUAGGAAUGUCUGUGCGGGAGUUAAAUCGUCAGCUCCGUGGUUUCAGUAAAGAGGAAGCAUUGAGACUGAAGCAGCGCAGACGCACACUGAAGAAUAGAGGCUAUGCCCAGUCCUGCCGGUACAAGCGGGUGCAGCAGCGUCAUGUCCUAGAGACGGAGAAGUGUCAGCUCUCUCGCCAGCUUCAGCAGCUUCAGCAGGAGGUGGCCCGGGUGACCCGAGAGAGGGAUGGAUGGAGAGCCCGAUAUGAGAAACUACUGAAUGCAACAGGAGGGGGGGCUGGGGCAGAUGUGCUGGCUGCAGGGGGAGACACAGGACCUGGAGCUGAGCUCUUCCUGUGAUGCUCAUAUGCAAAGACUGAGCCAAAAAUGAAAAUGUCACCAUCAUGCAGGAGGCUGACCUGACUAAACAUGACAUUAUCCUUACAAAACAACUUUCAUGUGCAACAUAAACCCCCUAAAAUGUUCUCAUCCCAUCGCAUCUCAUAACUGAAACAAUUCUAAUGGAUCUGCAGGGCCAGAUUAACUAUGGGGCGGAUGGGACUACAUUGCCAGGCCUACACAUAAAAAUAAGCCUAUCUUGUAUUACAGUUGUAUUUCUAUUUUGCUCUGAAUUUUUCAAUUAUACACAUAUUUUGGGGCUGAUGGAACAUGUACAUGCCCAUGUGGUCUGGCCACACCCACACAGCUCCUUUGCUGUCAAUAGGCACUUGAUUUUUUUCAGUCCCAGUCCCAUGUAGCCUUUAAUCCGGCCCUGUAGUUCUGGUAUCAACAUAUUUGUUGUUUCCCACAGCUGCAAUAUUACAUCCUAGUUAUGGCCGUUGAAGGUUAUACCAUCAAUGGUCAAUAGGUUGAAAACAUCAGUGGUAAAAUAAUUAAGGGUUUAACAAUCGAUGGAUGAGUGCUGCACAUGUGCAGACCAUCAGACCAGUGCCACUGAUGUUUGAUAUAUUGGGUGUCGCCAUUGGUAACAGCAUCAGGCUGUUCCACUGAUGGAAAAAAAACAAUAGGCAGCAGUAAUGGUCUAUUGACGAUUGCAAAAUAUUCGAUGGCCGAUAGCCAUUCCCAUUAGGUCACCUUUAAUACACCAUGAAACCAUCAACAAAGGACAUACUGGUUUCUGUAGUGCUUCUCGUCUAAUCCCGGGAAUAUAGCAGAUUUAUUCCUCACUGACUUGGGAUGUUAGUGCCACUGAUGACUUAUUUUAGGCUCACUACUUUCAUAUUAAACUACUAUUUAUUCAUUGCACCACACAACAAGUUAUGAGACCUCUACAUGAAGCACAUCGACAAGCAAGAGUGAUUCAUAUAUUCAGGACUGGCUGAGCCUGUCCUGUUCAGGGUCUCUCUCCUCCUCCUCCUCCUCUACCAUUCUCCACAUCUAAGGGAGCUGUAGACAUUUCUGGUCUUAUUUGAACAAAACAUUAAAUUAUUGAAUUUUUUCUUUA